AUGAAGCCUGAAGAAAUUUCAAAGCAGAAGGAUAUUCUGCAUCAGAUAUCUCAAGCCAGCGAUGCCAUCCGACGGAAGCAUAAGAUGUUGAAGUUGGGUAAAGAUACAGCUGAAAAAGCCAUGGAGGAAAUGUUGAAACCUAUUGUCACACCACUUCAUAGUUUAGUUAAAUCUUCAAAGCUGAAAGAAGAAAAUAUUAAAAAAGAAGAAAAACAAGAAGUUGAAAAACAAGAGGUAGAAAAAUCUUUAUAUGAUGAUCCAGAAGUAUACAACAGUUUAAUAUCAGAUGAUGAAAGUUCACUUAACAACACAUCACUUGCUAUAGCCUCACCACCAGCAUCAACAAGUACUCCAGCGCGUAAAAAUUCUCUACUCAUUAAUUACUUACAACGUUUAAGUAAAAAGCAUAAAGAUAAUGAUAUGAGAUAUGGUGUACGCAGAAAAUAUGGUGAAAUGCAUAUAGGUGAUUCACCUAUUUCAUUUGUAAGUGAUACAAUAACUGUCAAAGACAGAAAUUAUCCAAUAACUCCUGGGUUGUUGGAAUUAUUGUUCAUGAAGACACCGAAAGACACGCUUGUUACGCAAGAUGAUAAGACAAAAUAUUUGGAAAUUAUCCAGAGAACAAAUACUCAUAGGAAAGGUAAUGAUUCAAGUAAAAGUAUUUACAGAGAUUCAACAGACAAGUAUAAGAAAUAUAUUGCUGAUUUUGUUGAAAAGCAUGGUAGAGGACUACCAAAAUAUAUGAUUACCACCAAGACACCUAUGGACUAUGUAUACUGGGAUGAUCCAAAUGAACUAGUUGAUCGUUUACGACUGCUGAUGGCAUCUCAAGCUGCUGGAAAUCCAAGUCACACGAAUGAAAUCAUGUCAAUUAUUGAAGAGCUCAGGGAGGCUGGGGUUAUAUAUUAA